AUGACAGCCAAAAAUCUAGCAAUCGUCUGGGCGCCUAACCUGUUUAGAGCACCUCCGGUAAUUGAUGGCGACGAUUCUCAUUUGCUGAACGGUUUAGACGUACACACUUCUCUGUGUUGCUACCUUAUCACUAACUCGACGCCUAUUUUUGUGGAGGAGAUCGGCGAUCCUGUGAACAUUCCAAGAAAUCUCGAGAAUCAGCAUAGAAAUAGUGGUGAAUCAUAUCUGGCAGAAAAAUGGGAAAAGCUUGCAAGUGAAUUCUAUAAGGUGCUUCACGAACUUUUGCCAUGGAACAAAUGA